AUGUCUCGCCUUCUGUGCCUCGCGGUGGCGCUCAGCUGCACCCUGGACGCGCGCGCCGGCACAUUGCCGUCCUUUCUGAGAGCUUGUUCGGCGUCAGACCCAAAUCUCAGUCAGUGCGUGGAGAAGGUGAUAGCGGUCGGGGGAGGGAAAUUCGCAAAGGGCAUCCCGGAGCUGGGAAUCGCGUCCCUUGAUCCGGUACACCUGGGUAGGGUGGUUGUCGACAACCCCGCUCUGAAGCUCACCUUCGACGACACCGUCGUUACCGGUCUCGGUGGCUUUGUCGUAAACUCUUAUAAGAUUGACACGGAGAAAGGAAAAGCUACACUUGACUUCACGGCUAACGUAACACUGAAGGCACAUUAUGACAUGGAUGGGCAGGUGCUCAUCUUGCCAAUUAGAGGAAACGGAGAAGCCAAAAUAAAAAUCACCAACCUUAACAUCGUCAUCAAGUAUGACUACAAGACUGUCGACGGUUACUGGACGGUGACGGGUUACAAAGAUAGCUACAAUAUGGACCGCGCGCAGUUCAAAUUCACUAAUCUUUUCAACGGCAACAAAGAGCUGGCAUCUACAAUAAAUAGAGUGAUCAAUGACAACUGGGAGCCUGUAAUCCGUGACAUCGCUCCUGUGGCCUUUGAGACCAUUAUCAGCGCGUGCGUCAACGAGGCCAAGAAACUGUUCGCUGCCGUUCCUGCUGACCGAUUACUGCUGCCUUGA